AUGAGCAUGUUGAAGGACAGCCUUCUCAAGAUACUGGAAGGAUCAGCUCUGGGCGUGACUAAAGGAGAAAACUUAAAGCGGGAUUUCGGCGUUUUCACAGGGGUUGUUGGCUUAGUCGGAUUCGCGUUGGACCGCUUUGAGUCUGCACAAACAACCCAACAGCUCAAUGAAAUACAAGGUCAGAUCCGGGAGUUGGACGGGAAGAUAGAGACCUUGACACGAAGCGUCAGUGACCUGCAGCUGGGACAGCAGUACCUUCAACAAGUCGUCCUGUAUGGGAGAGACGAACUGCGACUGAAGAACGUGCUAGACACUCUUUCUAGGAUGCAAAUCAGCAAUGGGCAGUAUGUGGGCAGCGACAUACAGGGUUGGGCAGACAGCGUCCUCAGUCAUAAUUCGGAUGGAAUCAGAAAUGUAUUGCAGAAUCUGUUAAACAUGGUAAAACCACGAUCAUCGGUUUUCGGGGGCAAGUCUCUGUUCAAAAUAUAUCAUCAACAACUGUACAAAGGAGACCUGGAACAGUAUGGCAUAAAGAUGCGCAAGAAGACUGGACAGGUAUACGGACUGAUCGGAGGUGGAUACUGUGCAUGGAUUGCAGCUCUGCGAAUCAAGGGGCGUGAAGGUGAAAUUCCAGCUAAGGUACGAGAGGGGAAAAGAGAGCUCAGCAGUGUGAAACUAAGCCUGCAAGAAUAUAUGGUUUAUGGUACAUGCAAAGACGGUGAUCAACUGAAGUACAGGAAGUGCUACAGAGCAUUUAGCAUUCACAAAACCUGGACUGACGCAUCUGCGUACUGCAAAAACCGGGGAGCAGGUGGAAAUCUUGCAAUGCCAAAAGACAGAGACACUAAUCGUUUCUUGAUUCAGUUAAAAAAUGAUAAAAGCUCUCAUUGGGGAUUUUGGUUCGGAUUGAAUGAUAGACAGAGGGAAAGAAAAUGGAAAUGGAAUGAUGGCACGUCUCUCGAGUCUUACAAUUACUGGUCAUCAAACGAGCCAAAUAACGGGGGUAAAAAUUGGUGGGGCACGUAUAAAAAUCCCGAAGACUGUGCAGAAUAUUUUCGGAAAAAUCACAGAAACAGCGGCUGGAACGAUGCCAAAUGUAACAACUUGAGGUACUUCAUCUGUGAGAGGUCCCCCAACAACGGGAUAAAAAACCACGUGAUCUCCCUGGAUGUAAGGGACUCAAAGUAUGCUGGGACAAACGACAAGAUCUCCUUUCGGAUUCUUUCGUCCAACCGCUGGACCAAUUGGUAUCAGAUUCCUGGUUCAUUCUCCCGUGGGAGAACUAAAACAGCAGAUAUCACACCGACCUUCUUUGGAAACUUUGGAAGACCCGACAAAAUUGAACUGAAAACCAGCGGCGGAGACGCGCUGGAACUUGAUCAGAUUCGCCUGUACAAUGGAUACACGUAUGAGACCACCCGUUUCCGAUGUAACUGUAAGCUUUCCAAGGACAGGGGAGAAGGCGCCCAAUACAAGAUAGUUGGUCGCUAUAAUGUAGGUUGGAUUGGUCGUUAAACUGGACGGAAACACUGCCGUGAAGAUGUCGACGGAGCUUCACGAGAUAUGUGAUUUUCUGACAUUGAUCGCUUGCGCAAUCACCUUACUCCUUGUUCUAACUUCUGUUAUUAUCUACAUACAGGUGCAAUGCGGCAUUUUGUAAGUCCCGUUUCUAAUGUUUAAGAUUUGACAAAGUGAUUUUGGGCCCUCGAGAAAUUUUAUGUUUAAGAAGCUAUAGUCACAAUUUCAGCUUUAAACAACCUUUUUUCUAAAAAAAGUUUCCUAGCAGCACCUAAUGGAACUGCGUUUAUAACGUAUAUUCCGUUAAUAGAUUGACUGAUUGUUAGGAUGUAGUUAGCUAUGAGUUAUGUAAAUCAUACGUAAAUAAUUUUAUCAGGUUGGUAAACGAAUUAAUAGCAACGUUCUUUCUCAACCUUUUUUUU